AUGCAUCUCCUGUCUGGCCUCGUCGCCGCCAACCUCGCCUUAGGGGCCGCGGCUUCAGGCUUCAAGCCCGCCUCAACGGCUGGCACCGACAAGCUUGCGAAGCAGGGUCUGGUCAACCUGGCCAAAUACGAACUCAAGAAUCAUCCGCCGAAGACCUGUAACACCAAGACUGGCUACAUUCGCAAAGAAUGGAGCUCGUUGAAGGACUCUGAGAAGAAAGAGUACAUCGAUGCUGUACUUUGUCUGCAGUCCAAGCCGGCGAAGAGCAAUGCUGCCUACCCAGCGCCAGGUGCCAGGAGCAGAUACGAUGACUUUGUCGCCACGCACAUCAACCAGACGUUGACCAUUCAUGGCACUGGCAACUUCCUCUCAUGGCACAGGUACUUCACCUGGACCUACGAGCAAGCCCUCCGCAACGAAUGCGGCUACAAGGGCUACCAACCCUACGUCAACUGGGGCCGCUACGCCGAAGACCUCUACAACGCCCCCUUCUUCGACGGCAGCGCCACCUCCAUCAGCAACAACGGCGCCUACAUCAAGCACAACGGCACCUACGUGCCCUCCGCGCAAGCCCCAGUCAUCUACGUCCCUCCCGGCCAAGGCGGCGGGUGCGUGACCAAGGGUCCAUUCAAGGAUAUGAAGGUCAACCUCGGGCCUGUCGCGCCUGCGCUGGACUUUGUCGUUGCGAACCCUUCGACGAAUGGUUUGGGGUACAACCCGAGGUGUUUGAGGCGCGAUGUCUCGGCUUGGGCGGCGGAGCGCGCGAGCACGGACAAGAAUACCACCGACCUCAUCACGCAGAACGACAAUAUCGAGGACUUCCAGAACGUAAUGGAAGGCGGCUUCAACCAAGGCCUGGAGCUGCUCGGCGUGCACACCGCUGGCCACUUCUGGGUCGCUGGUGACCCUGGUGGAGAUCUGUUCGCUAGCCCUGGUGACCCAUACUUCUUCCUCCACCACGCGCAAAUCGACCGCACCUGGUGGAUCUGGCAGAACCAGGACCUCGAGAACCGCCAGAACGCCAUCGCCGGCACUCUCACCUUGAACAACAACCCGCCAAGCCGCAACACCACCCUCGACGAUAUUAUUGAGUUGGGUGUGAAUGCGCCGAAGGGGAUCAAGAUUGGAGAUGCCAUGAGCACGCUCGAUGGGCCGUUCUGUUAUAUCUAUGCGUAG